UGGACAUCGUCACCACAAAUGAAGGAGACCAUUCAGUGGGAGAGCAGAGAUGCUUUCAGCUUUCUUUUCCAAAAACUGUGAUUGAAACAGAAGAGAUCAAACUAACGACAGACUGUGCUGACACAGACGUUUUCCUAAACUUAAUCGGGGUCAGAGUGUCAAUGAGCUUCCUUUGACCCUCUUCUGCGCUGAGAAAUAAACACUUUCAUUUAAUUAAAGAGAGUGUCAUGAAAGGCUUAAGUCUCAGCCGGGGGUUGCUGGUCCUUCUGCUCCUUUGGACUUUGUCAGCUGUCAUUGAUGCAGGCAGCGCAGAACGAGGAGCAUCUGGAAGAAGGAGAGGAGGAAGUGGUGGAGGCGCCGGCGAGAAAAGGAGGAAGUUGCACCGCAUCCAGCACGGCCAGUGCAGCUACACCUUCAUCCUGCCAGAGCUGGACGGAUGCCCCGGUGGAGGGUCGCCAUCGCAGACGCAACGCUACGGUGGCUUUCAGGGCGGGCCGGGUGUCGUGCAGAGAGACUCGCCGCCUGCUGACAGCGAAUGGUCGGCGCAGAAACUGCAACACCUGGAGAGCACGAUGGAGAACAACACACAGUGGCUGCAGAAGUUGGAGAACUUCCUUCAGAAGAACAACAGGCGUGACGUUGCCAACAUGCAGUCGCAUGUCGUUCACAACCAAACGGCCACGAUGCUGGAAAUCGGCACGAACCUGCUCACGCACACAGCAGAGCAGACACGCAAACUCCAUGUGGUCGAAGCAAAGGUCCUAAACCACACAUCUCAGAUCGAGAUAAAGCUUCUGGAGAAUUCUCUGUCCACCAACAAGCUGGAAAAGGAACUGUUACUGCAAACUUCAGAGAUCAGCCGGCUGCAAGAUAAGAACAGUCAUUUGGAGAGCAAAGUUCAGAUGUUGGAGUCGAAGCAGCGAGGAGAGCUGGAGGACAUGAGGCAGGAGAAGAAUAGACUUCAAGUUAUGACCAAUCAAGGUGUCUACUCUAUGAGGGUGGAGAUGAUGGACUGGGAGGGAAACUCCGCCCACUCCCACUAUGACCGAUUUACACUGACCAGUGAGCGACAGCAGUACAGGUUGUAUCUGAGAGGUUACAGUGGCACAGCAGGGAAGCAGAGCAGCCUGACCACCCACGGCUCCGGCUUCAGCACCCGAGACAAAGACAACGACAACUGCGAACACUGCAAAUGUGCCAUGAUGCUCACUGGAGGUUGGUGGUUUGAUGCCUGCGGUUUCUCCAACCUAAAUGGUGUGUACUACUCCAUCGGCCACAACAUCAGGAAGCUUAACGGCAUCAAGUGGCACCACUUCAAAGGUCCCAGCUACUCCCUGCGCGCCACCUCCAUGAUGGUACGACCCUAUGACUUUUAAAGGCACCCUUCACCCUCUACAAUGGUUUGAUCCAACGGAGCUUAAAUACCACAGCGGUAUCGACCUUCAACUCCUCUGAAAUACCAUCCAAAGCUUCAAAACAAUGGCUCCCACCUUCACCACCAUCAUGGUACAACCCUAAAACACCUCUUGGAUAUGAUAUGGUACAGCCCUGAACUGAGGAAAUAGUGACUUUAAAACAAUAAUGGUUAAAGUCAUGUGACUCGUGAGGACCUUGUUUGUUACAUGUCUCCUGGACUUGUUUUCAUAACCAAGGAUCAUAUUGAGGAAAAUAAGGGAUGGAUCAUGUAAGAAAAUAUCUCGUCUGCUUGAAAUGUGAUUGUCAUUUAAAUAUGAUGAUGACGACACACAUUUUCAGCCAGUCUGUGCUGGAAGCUAUUAAACUGGUUGUGCUGGUUUGUACACGUGAGAAGUGCCUAAAGUGUUCACCCACACAGCCAGCCAGUCGCUGCGAGACGUGGGUCGGAUUGUUGCUUUUGGGUUGGAAAAGGUACACUCUGUGGUACUCAGUCACUCCACCCCGGCUGGUACAGAAAGGGCGACUGAGGGCUUUCCAGAGCUGGAGCAUACUGGCAGCUUCACGGUACUUUCCUAUAUGACAUUUGAGAAUGUGUUUAAUGGUAAAAGGCAUGAAUGUGGACCUUCAUAGCUCACCUGGUAGAACAGGCAUCGUUUUACUGAAGGAUGAGUUCGCUACUGUAGCCUGGGCUGCCCCCAUUAAACUGUCACUGUCUAAUAAAGUAAUAAUAUUAUCCACAAAUCUGAAUUGAAAUACCUCUGUGGCUAGCAUGAAGGUAUUCGCCUGCUUUUUUAGGAGGGAAUACGAGAUUCUCUUUGAUGUUAUCAGUGUUUAUAGUGCCACUAUCUAUGACCGGCACCUAAACACAGACAAGAUUUAGACAGCUGAUGUCCGUGUCUAUGGGAGGUGCUACGGCCUCUGUCUGCCAUAUCACCUUCCCAUGGACCCAACUUCUGCUUCUCAGAUCUGUUGAGAUGAGCACAGUCCUAACGGAUAACUGGCUCUGCACCAGCACAACAAUGGAAAAGAGGUUUGAGUGAUUGGCUAGUUUUUGGUCUUUUGGUGAGCAAUUGCAUGUGCCAUAAAUGUCCUUGCACGUGGAAGCACUGCAACAUGUUAAUCAACAGACAGUGACUGUUUGUUAACAGAUAUCAAAGAACUGUGGAGAGACUGCAGAUUUUUGCAAAUGUACUUUCCAGAUGGUACACAGGGCAGCAAGUUAUACAAACUCGUCAUUUUUGUAGUGUGAUUGUGAAACCUCGGCGCUAGCGUUUUGGUCCCUGCCAUAUUGGGCUCUUGGAGCCAGAAGUGGCCAUAUUUGGAUAAAAGGGUGGCGUUCCGAGUUACCAAUUCCUGGAAAUCUUGGUGAGGAGCUUCAUCUCUCAAACAGAUCCCUGCAAAUUGCUAACACACUAUUCAAAUACUAGAAUUUCACUCAUCAAAACUGGAGCGCAAACUUUUUUGGACAGCCUGCACCACACAGCACGCCAGGCUAUUAGUCAGAUAAUUGUCAGAUCAAAACUGCUCCAACAGGGAGCAGGAUGGCAAACAUGAUGCAGCGACUGUAAGCAGCAGCUCUAUGACAGCUCGCAGCCACAGCAGCCUGCAAGCCUCCAAAUACUGAAACAGGUGAGUUAGCAAAAAAUAUUUACAACCUUGUUUUUGUUGUAAGGGCUGAAUGACCUCCAUGAGUUUGUCCUGUGACUUCUGUUGCUGCGAGUCUUUCUACAGAAAACGUCUAUGUUUAAGGAAACGUUAAUAUAAGGCGAGAAAACGAGCAGUGAGGAUAUUGGAGUUUAUUACACGGACAGUUUAAUACUGAGCGAUAUGUGACUGAGCAGAGUGGAGUUGGCUUUCACAACCCACUUUUACUUGGACUGUUUUUAAAGGAAGCCAGCGUUUCCACAUGUUUAUCAACAAUUUUAUAAACGUGGACGCUAAAGCUGGUGUGACUGCCAGAACAUGAAUCACAUCAAACUGAUGAAACGUGAGAGUCACGUUGAGGAUUGAUCUGAUUAGCUGGAACAACAUCAGGAGCCACGGCGGAUGAUGUCCAGCAGGAGAAGGUGAUUUUCUUCCCGCUCGCCUCCUCCUUUGGCUGGUUUGGAUGCGCGGUGGUGGACGGUCCAUCCUGGGAAUGUCCUCGUGUGACCCUGGACGUAAUUGUGGGACGUCUUAGAUGCCGAAUCAGCACAUCUCAGAUUCUACUUACCGUGCACAGCGUUGAUUGAAGCUUGUGCAUCAUAAAUAGAGAAUGAUGCAUGACACAUGCAGCUGGAGAGACCCUGAACGCUCUGGUUUUCAUUAUUGGUCAAGAAAUAAUGGCAAGCAGAUUGAGUUUUUUCAUGAAUAAGUAAUCGCAUGUUUGCAUAUGUCAACACUUAAAGAACUCUACAAGGAAGAAAGGAGGCAAACAAAACGCAGAUCAACCUUUUGCAGCUGUUUUUGUUUUGGACGAUGAGCAAAGAAAAGAAUUCAGUGAAAGUGAACUACACGCCAGUGAUUUACCAGAUUCUGAAGUAUUGUUGCUAUAAUUAUCUUCCUAAUACGAACAAUAUUGUUUUUUUGUCUCUUGUUGGUCUCUGCUCUUCAUUACUGCACAAAUAAACUAAAUUCCCAUCGCUGUCAUACAAACAAUAAAUGA